AUGGAUUACAAUAUGAAAUUUGUAGAAUUAUUGAAGAAACAUGAGAAUCAUCAGAUGAUACUUAAGGUGACAUUGGAUGUGAUGCUUUAAGAGAAAAAUUACAAAAGUCAACUUGUCAAAUAUAGAGAUGAAUUGAGAAGAGAAGAUAAAAUUAUUACGUUAAAAGAAUUGGCUAUGAGAUCAUAGCAAGAUUAAGUUAAAGCAUUAGAGAAAAUUAGCAAAAUCGACCAAUAGAUUAUGCUUUAUCUAAAGGAUUAAGUAUUACCUAUCAUUCACUUUGAUAGAAAGUUAAACAAUUACACUUUCAUAAAGUACUACACUGAUCCAGAAAACUCAAUCAAUCCAUAAGAAACCAUCAUUGAGACACAAUACAAAGAAAAUACAAAUCUGGAAUCUUUCGAGGCUGAUUUCUCCAAGUUGGAGUGGAAGUUGGAAAUUACUUUAUCCAGCAUCAAGAUGAGAAAAGUAAUCAUUAAUUUUGAGUCAUGA